UGCACACGUUUCUCUCUCGUGGGCAACGGCUCGAUCCUGUCUGUGUUUCCCUGGCAUGUGGUCAAUUCCAGACCCUGACUUCUAUCGCUGACAUCAACUCUCAUGUCUUGAUCGCAUCAUUUGGCCCAAUGUGUGUCCCGCAUCUCUAAAUUCCCGAUCGACUGUGGGCAUGCCUUCGCUCUCGUCAGUCUUGGAGGCUCGAAAGCUACCCAAUCCCACCUCGAGCGUUCUUUAUUGUGUGGUAACCGUCGGCAAAGAAGGCGACAAGACAACCAAGGUCAAUGCCGAGUCUAAUCCACUCUGGCUGGAAGAGUUCAGCUUCCCGUGGACUACAAGAAGUGCCCAGAGCGUCCCUGGAAUCUUGGUGGAUAUCUACCGCAGCCGACUGCUUCGAGAUGAGUUGAUCGGGAGCGUGUUUAUCCCGAUCCAUGCUGUCACCAACAGGUAUCUGAAGCAGUGGAUACCACUAGAGUCGUCCGACCAGCGCGGAGCCCUUGGUGAGGCUGAAAUCUUGAUCGAGGCCAUAUACGUUAACCCCAUCGAGAUCGACGACGAUGACGAUCCUCGCCCGGCGCUACAGAGCAGCCUCCAGAGCCGACACGAACCCCGCAAUGUGCCCGAUGUAAAGCCCAAAUUCAACCCUCGCAACCUCGUCUUGUCCGAUGUUCUCGAUCGAAACGAGGCCAUGAUGGAGUUUAUCCAGUUCAUGGAGAGCUGCCAAGUAGGCGCCUACGCCCAGUAUUUCAUCAUGGUCAACUCGUUUCAACAACUCGCCAACGCGGCCGAAACCUCUCCUGCGAUCUUCAGAUCCGAUGCCAUCGACGUCUACGACAUGUUCUUCUCCAAGGACGCAAAGUACCCCAUCUCCAUCCCCGGCGAUUCCGAAAUCGCUGCCAGGGUACUGGAUCGGAUCGUCUCCGAUCCCUCGCCUAAUGUGUUUGAGGAGAUCACAGAGGUUCUGAAGGCGCACGUUCAGCAGCAGUACUGGCAAGCCUUCAAAGAGAGCGAGUUUUUUGAAGAGUACCUGGCCACCACCGGGAGCAGCCCGACGGCUGCCUCGAUGCCCGCGCCGCCACGCAACGAUGGCACACCGACUCCGCCGCCUCGAUCGCUGUUGGAGGAGUCGAUCAUCCAAGAACCGGCUAUUCGCCCCAUCGAUCCUUUCGAAGUCGUCGAGCCUGCCAGAGGCACACCCCCUGUCGACAUCGCCGGUCGCGGCGAUGCCCUUGAUCGUCUGAAUGCCACCGAGCCGACGCAUAUCAUCGAGCCUGCGGCCGUGGCCGUGCCAGAGACCGUCCCGUCCCGACCGUCAUCAAAUGCUUCCCCAGCUCUUCCGCCUCGCCAAACAAACCUCCCCGCUGCCAACACCCUCGCUCCCGACGUGUCUACUGCACCGCCCCCCAAGCCCCCUCGUCGACGAGCUGAGACCUCCCCACCGCCAGCGGCGCCAUCUUCGGAACCAGCGCUACCCCCGCCCAAACCACCUCGCCCUGUUCGAUCGGCAACGAUCCAAAAGGCACCUGAGGUCACGAGCUCUACCAAGCCGCUGACCGAUAAUCUCGACUUCUUGUCGAGCGAAAUCCCCGGCAAUCUCUUCACAGCCCCUGCUGCUGCGGUGCAAGAAGGCGACGGAUCCAUCCUUGCUCCAGAUCCAGAUCCAGUCCCAGCUCCAGCAGCGGUGCCAGUGCUGGACGGAUCAAGCAAUGUGGGCACUGCCCAACCAAAUCUGCUUGGCGACGACGAGCCUCUAUCUGCUGCAGUUCAGCCGACUCCAGCACAUCCUGCGAGCCGCGACAUCGACAUCGACACCAACGCCGACAUUGGCACAAAUCCGUCGUCAGCAGCACCAGUGCAGUCCCAUACCAUGGACGCUGUGGCCCCACGCGCCUCUCCCCGCACCUUUGAUUCAGAGUACCGGCGUAACCUUCGGAGCGCGAUCGCCGCGGGCCAAGAUGAAGCACUUGCCAUCUCGAUCGCCCUUGAGUCGAGCAGCGGCUAUGAGGCGAUCCAGUACAAGCGUAGCAAGGCUGAAAUCGAGAGCCGCAUCGAGAUUCUCGGGCGCUUUCUGGCCGAGGAGGAGCGGUAUCUUCAGGCUGCAGCCGAGAGCGGAUGGGCAUUACCAGAAGAUCCCGUCAGUCUCGUCGGCGUCCGCGUGACGAUCCAGGACAUCACCGGCGAUGGAAGCGACGAUGCUCCGGUCGACGGACGCGACGGCGUGCUCUCCAAUUUUGCCGGUACCCUCGGCGCCGUCUCAAACAAGGGUCUGCUGUUCCUUGUCCAGGUGAAUCGCGUUGGAAGCCAGCAGCGCUGGAGUCUGUACCGCAGCUACGCCGACUGGGUCCUACUGAGCGACGUGCUCAAGCCGCAGUUUGCGUUUAUCCGAAGCAACCCCGUGCCCAACCGACCGCGAAUCUCGCACGCAAAGUCCCGCGAGACUCUGGCGGUCGAACUGGAAAAGUGGACCAACAUGCUGCUCAUGGAUCGCGACCUGAGCAAAACAGCCCAGCUGCGGGCCUUCCUUCUGGAACAAACACUCGAGGCUCUCUCAGGUGGUCAGCGCCCCUCGAUUCCGUCAGAGGCGGGCGGAAAUGGCCCCGACAGCCUCCAACAGUCGUUCGUGCGGGCCCUCAAGAAGGGUGGAUCGAUGCUACAGAAGCUCGGGUUCGAAACCGACAGCGAGGACGACUGGGAUUCGAGCGAUCCCAGACUCAUCGAGAAGGACUCUAGUCUGUACAUGCAUCCGAAUCACUCGGGCUCGGCAGCAUCGAUCACGGGCCAGUCGCUCUCCCACGACCGCGCCGCAACGGCUCCCGUUAUCGGCCGCCAGCCGUCGCUGAGGUCCCUGGCACCUGAGCAGGACUCGGUGCUGGAUCCGCCCAAGAUGGCCCGUGCGAGCUCGCGGGGCAAGAUGGCCCCGUACGUCAAUCCCUCUGUUGCCGGUGCCAAGACCAUUCUCCGAGCGACAUCGCCCUCAGUUAUCCCUGACCGCAAGCUGUCCUAUGUUGUCCGCUUCUCUCCCGAGGACACCAAGGUUGUCCUCGAGUCGGCCGUGCAAACCAUCGAGGAAGUCCUGAACCUCAACGACCCCAACCAGUGGAUCCUGCAAAAGGGCCUCCACGCCGCCAAGGCGCUGCUGCGCCGGACCUAUGGAACCACCAUCUCCAACUACGUCGAAAACUACCUCACGGACCUGAGCCAACCCGCCGAAGUCGCCUCGUAUAUCGAACUGGCGAUCCGGGCCGGCUGGCCGAACGAGGCUGCCGCACAAGGCAACGGCACGGCCGCCGGUCUAAGGAACGCUCGCUCGCAGCAGGACCUCGCUGGAUCAUCCUUUGUGGCGCCCCCGUCGAGUCUCUCGUCCGAGCCGCCCCGGCCGCGAACGGAGCUGGAGAUGGAGGACACCAAGCUCUCUGCCAAGACGGUGCUGUUGAAGGACUUUGUUUCUCAGCUCGAGGCCGUGUCGCGGGUCUUUGGCAAAAGCAACGUCACCAGCGGCUGUGCCCGGGUCUUCAACAUGCUGCAAGUCAAGGAGCUCAACGCCAUCUUGACUGUGUCCAUUCUCAGAGCGGUCAUCGACGAAGUAUUUAGCGACGUGCCCCGUAGCUCUUCGUGAUUAGGAUCAGCGUGGUGUCGUUAUGAUGGCUUUGACAGCGGAUGCUCCACACACCCUCCCCUCCGAGAUGCAUCUAGGACGAUAUGGCAUAUCUGACGAACGGAGCCAUACCACUCGCGCCCAACUUGCGCCGCCCAAGUCUCAUCCUGCGCUCAAGUCGCUCGCUCCUCACCCCGUCCCCGAGCCUUCACCCCACCGCCCAUCGCCCACCCCUCCACUUGCGCCCUCAUCUUGUUUGAUGCUAUUUAUCUCGAUAUUGCUGCUUGCUUCUCUAUCUCAGUUUUCUUCUUCUUUUGGCCUCCGCCUCCGGUGUAUUACAGCUGCGAUCCGUGAAAUAGAAAGGAAAGGAAAGGACAGGAGAAACUAUGACCCAUGAAGUGCACUA